AGCUCACCUCCUUUUUUGAGUUCAGUCACUUGUUAUUCAAGUUACCAUAAGUCAUGGCUUCUUCAAUCUCGUUGACUUUACAUUCCUCUAAAUCCGCAUCUUCCCCAUUAUUCUACUCCCACCUCGAUUCUCGCCUUCUAACCCCUUUGCUUCUUCUUCAAAAAGCUUCAACCUUUACUCAUUUUUUUAGUUUUUCUCAAUUGGGUAUUCGCCAUUUACUUCAACUUUGCUUCUUUGUAGAUAGAUGAUCACGCUUUUGAUUCUGUGUAUCAGAUAGUUGUGCGGUGCAUGAGCAAUUCUAGGUUUAUGAUAUGUCAUCUGAUUAUAAGUUAGACAUUGCUAGUACUCAUGAGUCAGAAGAGCCAGGUUUAAGCAACACUAUAGAUUCAAACCUAUCACUAGAUGAAAAGGGUAAGACAGUGCACACAACUUUCAAUGGAAUUCAUCAGCAAGGAAAGUUGUCAAUGAACAACUUCACAACAAAUUAUGCAGAGCGAAGAGCUUUGUAUGAUAGAUUUCUGAAAGGAAAUAAAGCUACGAAUGAUGAUAAUGCUGGUAUUCAUGUUGAUGAGGAGGAAAGGUAUCGAUUACAUGGAUCGGCUAAGAAGAAAUCUGGACCACUUAUCUCUGGAACAGCUUACUGUAUUUCCUCUUGCAGCAUGAUAAUGCUGAACAAAAUUGUUUUAUCAAGUUAUAAUUUCAAUGCAGGAAUAUCAUUGAUGUUUUAUCAAAACUUUAUCAGUACUCUAGUUGUUGUUCUAUUAGCUCUCUGUGGCAGAGUUUCAGUUGAAAAGCUCAGCUGGAAGCUGGUUAGGGUGUGGAUGCCAGUAAAUGUGAUAUUUAUUGCCAUGCUUCUCUCAGGCAUGUAUAGUUUGAAAUACAUAAACAUUGCAAUGGUGACAAUUCUCAAGAAUGUGACUAAUAUCUUAACAGCAAUAGGAGAAUUAUAUUUAUUCCGUAAACGUCAGAAUUCCAAAGUGUGGACUGCAAUGUUUGUGAUGAUUAUCUCUGCUAUCAGUGGUGGUAUUACAGAUCUCUCCUUCGACGCAGUCGGUUAUGCAUGGCAGAUUAUGAAUUGUGUUCUUACUGCAAGUUAUUCGCUUACCCUCAGGUGGGUCAUGGAUGAAGCGAAAAAGUCGACAAAAUCAGGUUCACUUAAUGAAGUGUCGAUGGUGUUGCUCAACAAUUUAUUGUCUUUACCUUUUGCCAUCGUCAUGAUAUUCCUUUUUCAUGAGUGGGAUUAUGUAAUACACGCCGACGUAGUUAAACUGCCGGCAUUUUGGUUUGUUGCAACAGCUAGUGGAUUUCUUGGACUUUCCAUCAGCUUUACCUCAAUGUGGUUCUUACAUCAAACUAGCCCUACAACAUAUAGUCUUGUAGGUUCCUUAAACAAGAUUCCAAUCUCUAUUGCUGGACUGUUAGUGUUCAAAGUUCCUCUGAGUGUAUCAAAUUUAUUCAGCAUUUUAUUUGGUCUCUUUGCUGGUGUAUUAUUUGCAAGAGCCAAGAUGUCUUAAACCAGAAGCCAACUUAGUAAUAACCAAUGGAGUGUGAGAAUUAAUACAUUAAUGAUAAUUAUAUAGGUUUUUUGUUUGAGCAAUACAAAAUGAACUUUUAUUUUAACUGCUGAUCCUUAAACAUGGAAUAAUUAAGUAUAGGAUACACCUGCAAGGGAAAUAUUAACUUUCAUACAUUAUUGGAACAUGGAAGCAGAGUUUCUAAGCAGUCAAAAGUGUUCCUCGUUGAUGAUUAUCAACAUAUUUUGUCCAAGUUUUAUGUUGUUAUUAUAUAUUUUAUUUGUGGUUA